CCCAAGCGACCCAGUGAAUCGAACUAUUGCCCCCUUGUCUCCUGUCUCGUCUCACGACGACACAUUUCUUCCAAAAAGUCAAAGGCCUCGCCCAAUCACCUUGCGCACACGCACACGCACUCUCUCCCUUUGGCGCUCGGGGAUCGAAACAAAGACCAGCGAGAGUAGAACAUUAUCCGUCAUGGCGUCGUAUCCGCCCGCGCGGUGCUGCACCGUCGGCGUCAAGCAUGAAGGCCAGCCCGCUGGCAAAGACAUCAAAGUCGGGCCCUACGCGGCCUACCUUGCCACUCCCCCUUCUCCUUCCACCACCACCACCACCACCGCCACAGCGACAGGCACAGGCACAGCACCCGGCGGCGGCGUCGGCAAGCCCGGCCUGCUGUACAUCCCCGACGUGAUCGGCAUCUGGCAGAACAGCCGGCUCAUGGCCGACCAGUUCGCCGCCAACGGGUACACGACGCUCGUCAUCGACGUGUUCAAUGGGGACGCGCUGUCCCUCGACAGGCCCCCCGGCUUCGACUUCGCCGCGUGGCUGUCCGGGGGCUCCACGGGGGAUAACCCGCACACGCCGGAGGCGGUCGACCCCAUUGUGGAGCGGGCGGUCAGGUACCUGAGGGACGAGCUCGGGGUGACGAGGCUGGGUGGGCUGGGGUAUUGUUUUGGUGCAAAGUAUGUCGCCCGCCACUUCCCCGCCCUCCAGGUCGGCUUCAUGGCGCACCCGUCGUUCGUCGACGAGGCCCGAGCUGCGCGGCUUCCGGGGCCCUUUAUCCAUCGCGGCCGCCGAAACGGACCAGAUCUUCCCCGCCGAGAAGCGGCACCGGAGCGAGGCGAUCCUCGCCGAAGAAGGCAAGAAGGAGAAGCACGGCGCCGCCUGGCAGAUCAACCUGUACAGCGGCGUCGUGCACGGGUUCAGCGUGCGCUGCGAUGUCACCAACAAGGUGCAGCGGUGGGCCAAGGAGAGCGCCUUCCUGCAGGCUGUGCGCUGGUUUGAUACGUGGUUGGUCGAGGAGGAGAAGGAGGAGGGACAGGAGGACGGGGAGGAAGUCAAGAAGGGAGAAAGAGCUGGUGGCAAGCUCUGAUCUAAGAAUGAGAUUAUAGGAGGAGAGAGAGAGAUUCGGGAGCAAGGGGACCAAUGAGCACGGGACGGUGGUGUAUGGCUUUUUUGAUCCCUGAUGGACAGUUGAUAGACAGGCACAGGGAAAUGAGCGAGUGUAGAGAAUCAGGGUGGCGUGGAAGAUAUGGCAAACAGACCCCUCAGGCAGCAACCGAAUAAUGAGAACGCCAUUUGAGCAGAGACGACA